GGUACUCGUACCCGGUCUGAGUCAAUGGGGCUUUAGCACUAAGGGGUUAAACGUUAAAAAUAAAAUAUAUGUAUUCACCCCAAACCCCCUUUAGUGUUUAGGUUUUGUGCAUUAAGAUAGUCAGACAUAGGUAACUCAUUAAGGAAAGUCUCCGGGAGAGAGGCAGAGACAUCUCCAGAGGCGUGCCUUUUUGUCUGUCGCCUGGCAGAAGGUUCAGUCGGGUCCCUCUCGUCGGCUGGCUUUUUGUGAGAGGAUAACUUCCACCAUAUCCUACAUUUACAGCUCAACCAAGCCGGCAAACUACUGCAACACUAUGGAUACUGGAGAUUGUCCCUUCCGGAAGAAACGGAGACCAUGGCGCAUGGACUUCUCAUCCUUUGCCUUGGUAACCGUGGCACUCGUCGUGUGCCAAACGACCGUGGUUCGUGCAGACCCAGUGGAUGUGUUGCGGGCUCUGCAGGUUCCCUCUCUCCCCGAGGGUGUGAAGAAAGUCCCCGGCUUCUGCACGUCCCGCCGCUCCGGCAACCCCGACCAUGCUUACCGCAUCAGCAAGAAGGCCCAGAUCUCUGCCCCCACCAAGCAGCUCUUCUCAGGUCGAUUCCCGGAGAACUUCUCCAUCAUGGCCCUGGUUAAGGCCCAGGCUGGUCUCCAGGCCUUCCUCCUCUCCAUCUACAGUGAGCAGGGCAUCCAGCAGCUGGGUAUUGAAAUGGGACGCUCCCCUGUUUUCCUGUACGAGGACCAGAAUGGCAAACCAGCCCCUGAGGACUACCCGCUGUUCAGAGGCGUCAACCUGGCUGAUGGCAAGUGGCAUCGCAUCGCUAUCUCUGUUUCCAAGAAAAAUGUGACACUGCUGCUGGACUGCAAGAAGAAGAUGACCCGCCCCCUUCCCCGCGGCAACAACGCCGAGGUUGACACCAACGGUAUCACAGUGUUUGGAGCCCGUCUGCUUGAUGAGGAGGUUUUCCAGGGAGAUAUCCAGCAACUGCUGAUCGCCUCCAACGCCCAGGCUGCCUAUGACUUCUGUGAGCACUACAGCCCUGACUGUGACUCCCCACUCCCCAAGAUCCAGUCUCAGGACCCCAACACAUACAAGAAGGUGAUCAAUGGAGAAGCAGUCCCCACUAAAUCCUCUCCUGUCAAACCAAAACCAGCUCCUGCUAAGCCAGCCAAGACUGGUUCAUCCAAACUUGUAGUGAAGUUGCCUAUGCCCACCAAAGCUCCCAAGACUGUCGCAGCCAAGGCAACCAAAGCUAAGCCCAGUGCAGUAGAGAUCCUCUUGUCUAAGAUCAAACCAACAGCAGCAGCUACAUCGAAGCCAACAGCUGCCCCAGCUAAGAAUGGCAAACCACUGGUUGAAAAAAAGGAAAAUGGUGCAGCUAAAGCCAAUGGCAAUGGAAAAGCAGCAGUAACUAAAACUAAUGGCAAUGCUAAAGCUACUGCUGAUGCCAAGCCAGCAGCUGAGGCCAAGGUGAAUGGAAAUGGCAAUGGCAAGGUUGUAGCUGAGAAAAAAGUCAAUGGCAAUGCAAAUGGUAAAUCUUCAUCAGAAAAGAAAGCCAAUGGAAAUGGAAAAUCCACUGUUGUGUCAAAGACUAAUGGAAACGGCAAUGGCAAAGCUACAGCAGAGAAGAAAGCCAAUGGAAAUGGCAAAACUACUAUUGAGGUUAAAGAGGUUAAAGUAAAAAUGAAUGGCAAAACUGAGAGUAAAGUCAGCAGUGAGGCUAAAGCCAAGGCCAAUGGCAAAGUUACUACUGUGGUAGAAAAGAAAGCUGUUGGCAAUGGUGCUGCAAAUCAGGCCAAAAUUGAAACCACUACAAAGGUAAAGACUGAGAAGGUCGUCAAAGUAGAAAAGACCGAAAAGACUGUGGUCAUUGCACCUAAAAUAGCUGCCAAAGUAGAAGCUACUAAGGCACCUAAACCGACAAAAGCAGCAAAACCCGAAGCUACAAAAGCAGCAGCAAAACCUGAAGCUACAAAAGCAGCAACAAAACCUGAAGCUACAAAAGCAGCAGCAAAACCUGAAGCUACAAAAGCAGCAGCAAAACCUGAAGCUACAAAAGCAGCAGCAAAACCUGAAGCUACAAAAGCAGCAGCAAAACCUGAAGCUACAAAAGCAGCAGCAAAACCUGAAGCUACAAAAGCAGUGAAACCUGAACCUACAAAAGCAGUGAAACCUGAACCUACAAAAGCACCAAAACCUGAAGCUACAAAAGCACCAAAACCAGAACCUACAAAAACAGUGAAGCCUGUGGCCACCAAAGCUCCAGCCGUGAAACCUCCUGUAAGGGAAGUCAAAGAGGUCACCAAAGUGAAAACUGUGGUCACCAAAGUCCCUCUGGUCAAAUCAACGGUCAGCAAAGUUUUGAAGAAUGUGAUCGAAAAGGUUACCAGCACGAAGAAAGUUGUUACAACAUCUGUCCCCGUCCAGCCCACUCCACCCAGACCUUCAAAACCUAAGGUGGUGGUGGACAAUAAUGUCAAGUCCCUGCACAAACCAUUCCCACCCUUUGGCAAGACUAUGCUGGGUGGAACUUCAGUCCCAGCGAAGAAAAAUACCAACGGUUAUCAACAGGAUGUAGAUACUGAAUAUUCCGAGGCUGGACACACCCCUACAGAGACUGAUUAUUACUAUGAGGAGACGGUGCCAGAGGGUGAGGUGAAUGGAGAGGAAGAGAUCCCUGUACAGCCCCAGGUGGAGACAACAUUGCUGGGCGAGGAGGUAGAUGCCACCAAGGCCGGCGGUGUGCUUGAGGAGCCCUUCACUGAGGAGUAUGUGACUGGGGACUUGGGCCUUAAGGAAUACGACUACUCCUACAGGGACUACAAUGAGCCAAUGGUGGAGACUGGAGAUGCCAACAUGGGCCCCGCCCUGUCCGCUGUGACAGAUGAGGGAGGCGCCGCUGUCAGAGGCCAAAAAGGAGAGAAAGGAGACCCUGCUGUCUUGGAGCCUGGUAUGCUGAUUGAAGGACCUCCAGGACCUGAGGGGCCUGCUGGUCCUACAGGCCCACCCGGCUCUUCUGGACCUCCCGGCUCUGUCGGUGACCCCGGCGAGAGGGGCCCUUCUGGUAAGGCUGGUCUGCCUGGAGCUGAAGGAAUCCCUGGACCUCCUGGAACAUCCGUCAUGCUGCCUUUCCGUUUCGGUCAGAGUGGAGGAGAUAAGGGUCCAGCCGUUUCUGCACAGGAAGCCCAGGCAGCAGCCAUCUUGUCUCAAGCCAGGAUGGCUCUGAAAGGACCUCCUGGACCAAUGGGAUACACUGGACGCCCUGGACCUUUGGGAAACCCAGGAAGUAAUGGUCUGAAGGGAGAGGGUGGAGACCCUGGUCCUCAGGGCCCCAGGGGACCCCAAGGUAUGAUGGGACCUCCAGGCAAAUCAGGCAGAAGAGGCCGUGCUGGAGCUGAUGGAGCCAGGGGAAUGCCAGGAGAGUCUGGAACAAAAGGAGACCGUGGUUUUGAUGGCCUUCCUGGUUUGCCCGGGGACAAAGGACACAGAGGUGACACAGGAGCUUUAGGGCCCCCAGGACUUCAAGGAGAGGACGGAGAGAGGGGAGAUGACGGAGACAUUGGACCCAGGGGUCUCCAAGGUGAACCAGGACCUCGUGGUUUGCUCGGACCUAAAGGUCCUCCUGGAAUCUCUGGACCUCCUGGUGUACGUGGAAAUGACGGGCCCCAUGGUCCCAAAGGAAACUUGGGUCCCCAAGGGGAGCCAGGACCUCCAGGUCAGCAGGGAACCCCAGGAACUCAGGGAAUGGCAGGACCUCAGGGAGCCCUUGGACCUCCAGGAGAGAAAGGACCCACAGGAAAACCAGGUCUGCCAGGAAUGCCUGGAGCUGACGGUCCUCCUGGUCACCCAGGAAAGGAAGGGCCUUCUGGUACCAAAGGAAACCAGGGUCCCAACGGUCCCCAGGGAGCUAUCGGCUAUCCUGGCCCUCGUGGUAUCAAGGGAACUCAAGGAAUCCGUGGACUGAAGGGCCACAAGGGAGAGAAGGGUGAAGAUGGUUUCCCUGGAAUUAAGGGAGAUUUCGGUGCCAAGGGAGAGAGGGGUGAGCUUGGAGUAUCAGGGCCCAGAGGAGAGGACGGUCCUGAAGGGCCAAAGGGUCGUGUCGGGCCCCCUGGCGAGCUCGGACCAAUUGGAUUAGUUGGAGAGAAGGGUAAACUUGGUGUACCUGGACUUCCUGGAUAUCCCGGAAGACAAGGACCCAAGGGAUCUCUUGGAUUCCCAGGAUUCCCCGGCUCAAACGGCGAGAAAGGAACAAGGGGUCUUGCUGGCAAAUCAGGGCCAAGAGGACAAAGAGGACCAACGGGCCCUAGAGGGCAGAGAGGACCAAGGGGCGCGACUGGGAAAGCAGGAGCAAAGGGAACGUCAGGAAGUGAUGGCCCUCCUGGUCCUUCUGGAGAAAGGGGAUUGCCUGGACCUCAGGGAGCCAAUGGUUUCCCUGGACCAAAGGGACCUCCUGGACCCCCAGGAAAGGACGGGCUGCCUGGACACCCUGGGCAGAGAGGAGAAGUUGGUUUCCAAGGUAAAAUGGGUCCACCUGGGCCUCCUGGAGUCGUUGGACCUCAGGGUCCAUCAGGAGAGACUGGCCCCCUGGGCGAGCGCGGACACCCUGGACCCCCAGGUCCACCUGGAGAGCAGGGACUUUCUGGUCCAUCAGGCAAAGAGGGCACCAAGGGAGACCCUGGACCCCCCGGAGGCCCCGGUAAAGAUGGUCCACCAGGACUGAGAGGCUUCCCUGGAGAGAGAGGACUGCCUGGAACCCCUGGAGGUGGUGGACUGAAGGGAAGUGAAGGACCUGCUGGACCUCCUGGACCUGCUGGGUCUCCUGGUGAGAGGGGACUAGCUGGCACUGCUGGACCUGUUGGACCCCCUGGCAGACCAGGUCCCCAGGGGCCUCCUGGAAACUCUGGAGAGAAGGGAGUUCCUGGUGAGAAAGGCCCUAUUGGCCCAGCCGGUCGUGAUGGCGUGCAGGGUCCCGUGGGUCUGCCUGGCCCUGCUGGAUCACCUGGAGUAUCUGGAGAGGACGGAGACAAGGGUGAGGUUGGAGAGCAUGGACAGAAGGGCGGCAAGGGUGCCAAAGGAGAGCAUGGUCCUCCUGGUCCACCCGGUCCAAUGGGUCCUGUCGGUCAGCCUGGUCCUGCUGGUGCUGAUGGCGAGCUUGGACCAAGAGGUCAGCAGGGGCCGUUUGGAUCUAAAGGUGACGAAGGAACCAGAGGAUUCCCAGGAGCACCAGGACCCAUCGGACUUCAGGGAUUGCCAGGACCACCAGGUGAGAAGGGAGAGACUGGAGAUGUUGGACCUCUGGGUCCUCCAGGCCCUCCAGGACCCCGUGGCCCUGCUGGACCCAACGGUGCUGACGGUCCUCAAGGUCCUCCUGGCGGUUUGGGUAAUCCUGGACCUCUUGGAGAGAAGGGAGAGCCUGGUGAGGGCGGACCACCUGGAAUUGGUGGAGAACCAGGAAAGAAGGGUCCUCGGGGAGAGCGUGGAGAAAAGGGAGAGUCCGGACAACCUGGAACUGCUGGACCUGCUGGAGGACGAGGACGACCUGGAGAUGACGGGCCCAAAGGAAACCCCGGUCCUGUUGGUUUCCCUGGAGAUCCUGGCCCCCCUGGAGAGCUUGGACCCAGAGGUCAAGAUGGCGCCAAGGGAGAGAGAGGAGAAGAUGGUGAACAAGGAGAAUCUGGCUCCCCUGGACCUUCUGGUGAGAACGGACCCCCCGGCCCCCUAGGAAAGAGGGGUCCUGCUGGAACAAGAGGACCAGAGGGACGUCACGGAGAGAAGGGAACUAAGGGAGACUCAGGUGCUAUCGGACCCCCAGGAAAAACUGGCCCCGUCGGCCCUCAGGGUCAACCAGGAAAACCAGGAACAGAAGGUCUCAGAGGACUCCCUGGAUCAGUGGGUGAGCAAGGAUCUCCAGGACUUGCUGGACAGAAAGGACCACCUGGACCUCUUGGACCUCCCGGUUUGCCUGGCCUGCGUGGAGACCCCGGUGGCAAGGGAGAGAAGGGACACCCAGGUCUUAUCGGUCUUAUUGGACCCCCAGGAGAGCAGGGAGAGAAGGGCGACAGAGGUCUUCCUGGGCCUCAGGGAACUUUGGGAUCUAAAGGAGAAAAUGGAAUGUCAGGAGCCACCGGACCCCUCGGUCCUUCUGGUCCUCCUGGUCUGCCUGGUCCUCAAGGUGUCAAAGGUGCCAAGGGUUCUUCUGGAGGAGCUGGUCCGAAGGGAGAAAAGGGUGUACAAGGACCUGCUGGAGCUCCUGGCCCACCAGGAGAGGUCAUUCAGCCCCUGCCCAUCCAGAGGAGUCCUAAGUCCAAGCGUUCCAUCGACGCCAGCCAGCUGCUCUCUGAAACCGACUCAGAUAUGCCUGCAUCUGACGCCACUGGCGCUGAGUUCCUGAUGGGCAGCGAAGGCAUGGAGGAGAUCUUCGGUUCUCUCAACUCACUGAGACAGGAGAUCGAGACCAUGCGUUUCCCUCUGGGUACCCAGGAUAGCCCUGCCCGCACUUGCCAAGACCUGCACCUCAGCCAGCCAGACCUCAAAGACGGAGAGUACUGGAUUGACCCUAACCAGGGCUGCUCCAGAGACUCCUUCAAGGUCUUCUGUAAUUUCACCAGCGGAGCAGAGACGUGCCUGUACCCGAGCACGGGCAUCAACACGGUGAGAAUGAGCUCCUGGGACAAUGAGACCCCAGGAUCCUGGUACAGUGAAUUCACCACUGGUAGCAAGUUCUCCUACGUGGACUCUGCCGGUGAACCUGUGGGCGUGGUCCAGCUGGGCUUCCUGCGUCUCCUGAGCGUCCAGGCCCGCCAGAACCUCACCUACCACUGCCAUCGCUCAGUGGCCUGGGUCGACCAGAAUGCCAAUAACAACUACAACAGGGCGCUGCACUUCCAGGGUGCCAACGACGAGAGGCUGAGCCACGAGACCAACCCUUACAUCAAAGCCUUGGUCGAUGGCUGCUCUUAUCGUAAGGGCUUUGACAGGACAGUCCUGGAGAUCAACACGCCACAGGUGGAGCAUCUCCCUCUGCUGGAUAUCAAGGUGUCAGACUUUGGGGAGAGCAACCAGCAGUUUGGCUUUGAAGUGGGACCUGUCUGUUUCCAAGGCUAAAAACACACACAUACACACAUCAUGCAAAGAACAACACGUGCAAAUACUCACGCACACACACAUGCACUUAGAGACACACUUAUAUAUGAAAAACAUACAUGCCCAGUAAUUUGUAAAUUAACUUGUAAAUGAUAUGAAAUACACACACAAACCCACAGACACACACACCUACACACGCAGAUGCUGUUGUGAGACACACACGCCCUCACACUCAAGUACGUGCCUGGGGAAAGUGACAUCCUCCCGACAAAUAAUGGACGUCAAAAAAAAGUAAAGAGGAGAGAAGAUUAAAAAACUCGCGGAGAGGAGACCAUCGUUUGGGCGCACGACCGCGAGAAAGGAAGAAAAAACCAGGAGAGAGUUCUUCGGAAUAAAACAGUGUUUCUUUACCAGCAGCGAAAGGGGCCGGCCUGAGAAAGAGGGCAAGCUGGUAUCUUGAGGCCUGAAGCCCCCCGUCUCCAAUCCCCCUCUCACUCUUCUCUCUUCCCCGCUGUCUCUCUUUUUUUCCACUCAUCUCACCUGCUCUACCUCCCCCCUCCUCUUCCCGAAAAAAGGGUCACUCUUGGACAUUAUUUACAUUUCUUUGAUUUCACGUUCACACUGCGAGCAACGCGUUUGACAGUCACUCUAUCAAUAGGUGCAAGAAGCUCCUAUGUAGCUGUCUGCAUCUACAGUGUUUUGAGCAUAAAAUUGUUGUUUUGGUUCACUGCUUUGAGUCAUUCGUAUAAAAGGUUGCUCAGGAUUUCAAGUUUUGAAUCAACUUUUCAUCACUUGCCAGAAGCUUUUUCACUCAUGAACCACAUUUGAAUCCAAUGAAGAGAGUAGACACCAAACUCUGUCAGGAAAAUCACAGCCAAAAAUUCAGCAGCGGCUCAGAUAAUCUUUCUUCGUGGGGUCUAACUCAUCAGGUUGUCUAAUUGUGAAAUCCAGUGAUUUGUCAAUCAUGUUGCUCACAAUGAAAACACAAUGAUCUCCCUUGCUUUUAUCUUACUUAAGAACCAAAGAAUUAAAGCCAACAGUUUCUACCCCGAAAAAAGGAGGGAAUUAACCAAAUGAUACCAGCUGGCUGUUUCUUGUGUACUUUAAGCUGCCACUUAGUGAAUUUUCAUCUAUUAUAAUUUUCUUUUAAUGACCAGCUCGCAGUUGUAAUACAGAAAUGUGAUUCAGGCCAGUAUAAUGCGAUCUUUCCGCCCUGAGAGCAGCAGAAACUUUAUUUGGAUUGUUCACCUCUAAUAAAGCCUACCGCAUGCAGUGAAGCAAGACAGAAGAUCAGUGAAUUUUAAAGCCAUUAUUUUGUAAACUGUGCUGAACUUGACACUAUUGUAAUUGCAUGUUACUGGUGCUUUAAAGAAAAAGCUGAUUCUUCUUCAGAUCAAGGAUCAGGCUACCAGGGUCGCUACCACACACCAGUCCAGUAUUUGCUGAGUCACUUUCUGGGUCCUUUGAUUUUUGUUUUCCAUCCAUAGUACAUUAUCAGAUUCAACAUCAAAGCUCAGAACAUCGUCAGGGUUUAAAUAUGUAUAUGAGAUGAAAAGGUCCCGCUUCCUUUCUCUUAAACAGCAGUGAAUAAAAUGCAUGCCUUACUGAAAGAAACUGUGUGGCAAGGUGCUACUUAUACCAAAGCAUAAAAGUCUUAAUAUUCACUUUGAGUCCUUCAUUUUCUUUAGUCUCUUUCCAUGAAGCUUUUUACUGGGGAAAAUGUGCAUUACAUUACAUUUGUACAGAAAUAGUGAUAUUCUAUUGUAUUUAUUUAAAAACCAACAGGGUGCUUUGAAAUUAAAAAAUACACGGACCACCAAAUAUUCCAGUCAAAUGUGGUAUAUUUCAUUGUAUUUAUUUCCUGUAGUGACUCACAUGUUAAACUCACAGCCAGCCUGAGUUAUGGUGCUUCUGUUCACGCCCUGUCCAAACUCCUUUUGUAGAACCAAAGAAUCUGUGGCCAUAUUUUAUUGUAAUAUCCCUUUAUAGUGUUUUCAACAACUGUACUGUGCUGUUAAAUUUUGCUUCCUCUGUAAUGAUUAAAUGGUGACUCUCCAGUUCUGUCACA